CGGCCGACAUAUAUAAGAGUGGUUUUGACAACCAUCAACAACAAUAAAAAAAAAAAGAUUAAUGUUAGAUAUGCUAAUUUCGUUGAUCUUUUUCAAGUGAUUGUAAGCUGGUACUCUGUUUCAAAUGACUUCAACAAAACUAAACAACACCCUUAGCUGGUUUCCAUUUUUUGCCAUCGCUUUCCAGGUUUGUGAAUGGGAGGAAGAUUACAAGCUGACAUGAAAACUCUCCAUCUGUCCAUCUCUCUUAUUCCCCUGCCAUCUCUACAACAGUACAACUGAUCAUGAUAAGUGGCUGGUGAGGAAACCCAGUUUAAGGCACCUGCAUGUUUGGGGUUGCCCAGCGGAAGUGAGAAUAUAUAAUCCACAUGAAAAGAAACUGGACUCACGAAUUAUCCAAAAAAAUCUAAGGGGUAUCGAUUUUAUUGCCCUAACCAUAGUACGAGAAUUGUUGAAACUGGAAAUGCUAGGUUCAUUGAGAAUGGUGAAGUUAGUGGGAGCUUAGAGCCACGCAAUGUGGAAAUUCAAGAAGUUAGAGUGCAAAUCUCUUUGCCUCUUCCCUCUUCUCAAGUUGUUGCUCCUGCACAUGUUGAGCAUGAUAACGAUUUGCAAGAACAACAAAUGAGCGGUCAAGCACCACCUAAUAUUGCUAUUGAGAAUGAACCUAACAUAGAUGAACCACAAGAAAUCGCAUUAAGAAGGUCUACAAGAAAUCGAAUACCUGCAAUUUCGAAUGAUUAUGAGGUUUAUCUUCACGAGUUAGAAUCUAAUUUAGGACUCUAUCAUGAUUCAGUAUCAUUUUCACAAGCCAUGGAAAGUGAGCAUUCUGAUAAAUGGUUAGCUGCCGCGAAAGAAGAGAUGAAAUCUAUGUAUAAAAAUGAAGUUUGGGACCUUGUUGAUUUGCCUGAAGGUUGUAAAAGAGUUGGUAAUAGAUGGGUCUGGAAGACCAAACACGACUCUAAUGGCAAUAUCGAAAGACAUAGGGCCAGACUUGUUGCCAAAGGUUUCACUCAGAAAAGUGGCGUUGACUAUAAAGAGACAUUUUCACCCGUCUCUAAGAAAGACUCCAUAAGGAUUGUCAUGGCAAUGGUAGCUCAUUAUAAUCUAGAGCUCCAUCAGAUGGAUGUGAAACCCGCCUUUCUGAAUGGGAAUUCAGAUGAAGCAGUCUAUAUGGAUCAACCUGAAGGUUUUGUGGUUGAGGGAAAAGAACAUAUGGUGUGUAAAUUAAAGAAGUCAAUAUACGGACUUAAACAAACUUCCCGACAAUGGUAUAUUAAGUUCAAUAAUACCAUUACAUCUUUUGGAUUUAAGGAGAACAUCGUCGAUCGAUGUAUAUAUCUGAAGAUUAGUGGGAGCAAGUUUAUAAUUUUAGUUUUGUAUGUUGACGAUAUCUUGCUUGCUACUAAUGAUCUUGGUUUAUUACAUCAAACCAAGGAGUUUCUCUCUAUGAACUUUGAAAUGAAGGAUUUGGGUGAGGCAUCCUAUGUGAUUGGAAUAGAAAUAUUUCGUGAUAGAUCACAAGGACUGUUGGGAUUGUCUCAGAAAUCAUACAUUAACCGGAUCCUAGAGAGAUACAACAUGGCUGAAUGCUCUGCAAAUGUCGUUCCAAUUCAGAAGGGAGAUAAAUUUAGUCUCAAACAAUGUCCAAAGAAUGAAUUGGAACGCAAGCAAAUGGAACACAUUCCUUAUGAAUCUAUUGUUGGAAGUUUGAAUUAUGCACAAACUUGUAUCAUACCAGACAUCAGUUUUGCUGUCGGAAUGCUGGGCAGGUAUCAAAGUAAUCCAGGAGUAGAUCAUUGGAAAGCUGCAAAGAAGGUACUAUGGUAUUUGCAAGGAACAAAAGACCACAUGCUCACCUUUGGGAGAUCUGAUCACCUUGAGGUGAUUGGAUAUUCAGAUUCAGAUUAUGCUGGAUGUGUAGACACCAGGAAGUCUACUUUUGGCUAUUUGUUCCUUCUAGCCGGAGGGGCAAUUUCAUGGAAGAGUGCGAAGCAGUUUGUUAUUGCCACAUCCACUAUGGAAGCUGAAGUCAUAGCUUGUUAUGAAGCUACGAAUCAUGGUUUAUGGCUGCGGUAUUUUAUUUAUGGACUUGGAAUUGUCGACACUAUCGCCAAGCCGCUGAAAAUUUACUGUGAUAAUUCCGCAACGGUAUUCUUCUCUAAGAAUGACAAGUAUUCGAAGGGUGCUAAGCAUAUGGAGGUGAAAUACUUUGUCGUUAAGGAAGAAGUUCAGAAACAAAGGGUGUCGAUCGAGCAUAUUAGCACAUAGCUUAUGAUUGCUGAUCCAUUAACAAAAGGAUUGUCUCCUAAGACAUUUGCUAAACAUGUCGAAAGGAUGGGGAUUAUAGGACGUCAUGACUAAAGUUAUUUUAUGUUUCAUGGAUUGACACUUUGAGCUCAUUUAUUUUGUUUCUGGAAUAAAGUUAUGAAUCUUGUCUUGUUUAUCAUGAUCAGUAUAUAUACAUUAUGAAUUAUGUGGACAGAACAAAAUUUUGUCUUUAGGAAAGACAUUAUUGUUGGACCAUUAUGAAUACCUUGUUAUGUGUCAAAUUGAGCAUGAAACUGGUUUUGUGGUACAUGGAAGGGACUAUGUCGAUAAAUUGAUAUAUAACCGCCAUGAUCCUAAUCUAGCUUUCAUACUUGAUUAUGACUUUAUGGUGAACCAAAUAUUAUGGAUUUAUCUUAUGAUGUGCACACUUAUGUUUAUUAUUAGAUCUUGUGAUAUAUAAUGACACAUGGGCCAAGUGGGAGAAUGUAAGCUCAAUUCCCGUAUGGAUCACUAGGGAAUAAUUGUGGCCCAAGUGUAAUUAUCACUUAAUGGUUUAAUAUAUAAGGUAAGUCAUAUAUAUUGGUUAGGUUAAUGAAAAAGGUAAUUUCCU